UCGUCUUGACUGAACUCUUUGUCUCUGAAUAACAGGAAGUAAAAACAAACAAUAAGUGGACUACAGAAUAACGCCGGUGAUAAGAAGAGGAUAUAAACCGCUGUGGCGUUGUCAGAAAAGAUGGAGGAGUACAACUCUGGGGACGAGGUUAUCUUCAAUGCUGAUGAGGCCAACAUCACAGUAAAAGAGUGCAUUGAAGGUGUUAUUGGAGGAACAGAUUACGACCAGAGCAAAGUGAACCAGUGGACGGCCAACAUAGUGGAGCAUUCUCUGACUCAUCUGGUCAAACAGGGACGACCGUUUAAAUACAUCGUGAACUGUGCGAUCAUGCAGAAGACGGGUGCAGGUCUCCACACAGCCAACUCCUGCUACUGGGACACGGCCACUGAUGGAAACUGCACAGUGCGGUGGGAGAAUCGCACCAUGUACUGCGUGGUCAGCGUGUUUGCCGUUGCCGUUGCUCUGUAAUGGCGCUCCUCUCUGCUUCCUGAAGCUGUGCUUAAAUUGAAACCUCAACCAAGAAGCCCUGUAUACCCUCCGAUGACUCCCUCUGGUGUACUCCCUUGCGCACUAGUAGGUUAUUUCUCCCCCACAGGCUCUAUAAAUCUGACUUCAGGACAAGAGCUGUGGUUUGUGAGUGGACGCGAAUAAGACUGAGAAAAUGUUUCUUUAUUGGGACCAGGCCAAUGUCAAAGGGAAGAAACAGUACUUGAAAAACGACUUCAAACACUACACAUGCUUUCUAAAUAUUUCAUCCUAAUGUUGUAAUCUGUGUAUGAUGUAGAUCUUGACUACAUUUCCCAUAAGCCUCAGCUUUACAGUGUGUUUAGUGCUACUUAGCAAAAGCUGGCACUUAAGCGCUAAACUCAGGUUAUUAAAAUGGUAAACAUAAACUUGUUAGUGUUCAGCAUGAAGUGCUGCCAUGUUCCAUUACAGCCUUUGACCUGCUAGUGUUGACUCGUUCUAUUCUUCAGUACAUUCCCCUGAAAACUGACUGAACUGUUGCUGUUGUUAAUAUUUGAGUACGUCUAAAUGUUGUUUUUGUAGGAAGCUGACUACUUAUGUAAAGUGUCUUUCCAAACCUGCAUUAAUAUUUUUAAGUAUGUUCCCGUGACCGUUAAGAUGUCGAUGUAUGUUUCCAGGUUUUAUUUGAACCAUUAAGCACUUUUUUUUUUGGUCAUCCUUGAAUUUGUCUGUAAAGGUUUGUGCAGUAACUGUGAGAGCUGUUAAAUAAAUACAUUUGUUGAAACCAUA